AUGCCGCGCCUUCCCUGCCUAGCUUAUCCAACUAGUCUAGUGGAUGAGGUAGGUGCGUUUCUUUGGCAGGUACUUGAUUCCAGCGACAAUCUGGACACCAGUCUGGAUUGCCUACGACGCUUGUCAGUUGAAUUAGUUCGUGUGGACCGCUUUCUGUUGCUGCACGUGUGGCUUCAUGUAGUAGCCAGGUUGCUGUUGCCUCUUGCAGGAACAAACUUUCAGAUUCAGGACAGGGCAGCCAGGCUAGGCUGUCGGCUCUGUCUGCUCUUGUCAUUUUCUAUCAAGUCCAUCUUGACUGUGGUUGAUCUGAGAUCUCGUUUGAGGCUGAUGGUCAAAUCUCGUCUGCAUAUGACCACCCACCUACUGCAAUUGGGCGAUAGUGCAUGGACCAGUCCUGCAGGGUUGCACGUUUUGAGCAAAGCUCCUCCAAGGGCGACGCAGACCCAUAGUGACCACAGAGACAAAUUCAGCAACCAAGCCCUGACACAUGCUGGCGAUGAAGAAUCGAGAUCUGCUACUAUCUAUUUCGACAAGUUACUAUCUGGACGGUUCCUGACCGUCUCAUUUGAGCUACUCUGGAUGAUCCCCACCCUGGAUUCCCGGAGAAUGGAGAAUGGAGAAGGGUAUAUCAUAUCACCAUUCCCACUCAUCAUGGAGUACAGAGAGUAUCGAAUCAGCAACUUGGCAAUUGCUUACAUUGCUUUUGCGGGCCUAUUCGCGAACGUAAUACACACUUUGAAGCUUCAGAAUCCCCCCUAG